AUGUCUAGCAAACGUAUGACCGCGAAUCAAAUAAAGCCAUCACGAUAUCGACCUGGGAAAGUACAUCUGGAGGAAGAUGAUUCCUCUGAUUCGGGGAGUGAUGCAGAAGAGACACCUUCCAUUGCGCCACCCCCAAAAGUCUCGACUGCAGUUGGAAUUUCUAGCAGUUUGAAUAGGGGCAGUUUAAAUGAAAGGAGGAACCUUGCGGCCGUCAAAGAAAAUGCGCGUAUACAAGAGGAAAAGGCUCUGAAAGCUGCAGAAGAAGAGGGAUUCGUAACGGAAGAAGAGAGUGAAGAAGAAGGUAGCGAGGAGGGAAGCGAAGAUGGUAGUGAAGAAGAGGAGAGUAGCGAGGAAGAGGCGCCGAGGAAGGUUAUGAUGAGGCCGACGUUCAUUAAGAAGGAUAAGAGGAAUAAUCUUCCUGGAGCUUUUAAAACUGAGACCAAAACGGGAGAGGAAUUGGCGGCAGCGGAAGAAGCACGGAGGAUAAAACUGGCAGAUGAAAUUGUUGAGGAACAAAUCAGGAAGGAUAUCGCUGCAAAAGAAGCGGGAAAGAAAAAUUGGGAUGAUGAAGAGGAAGAUGAUGAGGUGGAUGAUACAGAUGACAUUAAUCCAGAAGCCGAGCUUGCGGCGUGGAAAUUGAGAGAGCUGAAGAGGAUUAAGAGAGAUAGAGAGGCAAUUGAGGAGAAAGAAAAGGAACUGGAAGAAGUCGAGAGAAGAAAGAAUCUAACAGAGGAAGAGAGGAAGAUAGAAGAUGACGAGUAUAUCGCGAAGCAGAAAGAGGAGAGAGAAGGCAGGGGAAAGAUGGCAACGAUGCAGAAGUAUUACCACAAAGGAGCCUUCUAUUCAGAUGCAUUAGCAGCAGAGGGCUUGGACAAACGAGAUAUCAUGGGUUCCAGAUAUGCGGAUGAUGUGCAAAAUCGAGAAUUACUCCCAAAAGCAUUACAGAUAAGGGACAUGACGAAAUUGGGAAAGAAAGGAGCGACAAAAUACAGAGAUCUAAAGUCGGAAGAUACAGGAAAAUGGGCGCAAUUUGACGAUAGGGGGCCGAGGAGAGGGGGAGGUGGAGGUGGAGGCGGAAUCGCCGGAUCUACGGAAGAUGAAAGAUUUAUGCCGGAUAGAGAUAGGGGAGGAGCGAGCGGUGCUAAUAAUGUGCCCGUUGGUGAUGAAAAUCGUCGGAAGCGUCAAAGAUUCGAUUAG